CCUUUAGCCUUGGGAAUUGCAUUAUUGCCUCAGGGGCGGCUCAUCUGUGCUUCUUGCUCAAACAGAGGGCAAGGGGAGUUGGAGUGAACCAAGGGGUUGAGAUGAAUAAAGAUAAAGAAGAAACAGAACGUUUGCCUGCAACAUCCAGAAAAGGGCUCAAAUAGGUUGUAAAAAAACGCGGGAAAAAGGGUGGGACUGCUAGGGCUCGGGUUACCCAGCGACGAUAUUGCUGUGCCUUUGCUGCGGAGCCCAUGGAGAUGGAGGCCAACAAUGUUGACGAUGAAGAGUUCGCCUUCUCAAGAAACUAUUUUCUUGCAAAAGAGUCGGCGGCUACCUCCGGAAAGAAAUCGACCAGCAAGCUCUCCGACAUCGAUCUCGUCGACGAACAGGCCCUGAGAGACGCCACUUCUAACAUCGAGAUCAAACACGAGAAAGAAAUUGUCUCUUUGGUCGAAAGCUACAGGAGUCUGUAUUCCAAGUGGGCUUUUGAGCUAAGGUGCGGUUUUGGUCUGUUGAUGUAUGGAUUUGGAUCUAAGAAGGCCUUGAUUGAAGAUUUUGCUUCCACGGCUUUGACAGAGUACGGUGUUGUUGUAAUCAAUGGUUAUCUUCCGUCAAUUAAUCUUAAACAGGUUGUGAUAGCCUUGGCCGAAAUUCUGUGGGAUCAAUUGAAAACCCAGCAAAGAUCUUCCGGGAACUUGUCAAAAGUUCAACAGCCGUUUAAUUCUCGUUCCAUGGACGAUCUUAUUGCAUUCUUGGACGGAGAACAUGGAGAACAACUGGAGGAUGAUGAAUGUCUCAUUUGUGUUGUCAUUCACAACAUUGAUGGGCCUGGGUUGCGAGAUUCGGACACGCAGAAGUAUCUUGCAAGAAUUGCUGCUUGUUCCCAUGUACGUGUUGUUGCUUCUAUUGAUCAUGUGAAUGCACCUCUAUUGUGGGACAAGAAGAUGGUUCACACACAGUUCAACUGGUAUUGGCAUCAUGUCCCGACAUAUGCUCCAUACAGGGUUGAAGGAAUCUUCUACCCUUUGAUACUUGCACAUGGCGGCGGCGCCCAAAGCGUCAAGACAGCUUCAAUAGUUCUACAGAGUUUGACACCGAAUGCCCAAAGCGUGUUCAAGGUUCUUGCGGAGAAUCAACUGGCUCAUCCCGAUGAAGAAGGGAUGCCAAUCAAUACUUUGUACACAAUCUGUCGUGAGAGGUUCCUGGUUAGUAGCCAGGUUACGUUGAAUUCACAUUUGACAGAAUUCAAAGAUCAUGACUUAGUGAAGAGCAGAAGGCAUUCUGAUGGGCAGGAUUGCUUGUAUAUUCCUCUAAACACUGAAGUGCUUGAAAAGCUUGUGCUGGAGAUAAGCCAAUAGGGUGUUUUACUAGCCAGCAGGUUGAAAGGUGAGAUUAGUAGUAGGACGUCUUCUCUUCCCUUGAAUGGUGCUUAGUAUCAAACAUGGCUUCUUUGCAAGUAAAUCAUCAACUGCUGAAAUUUGCCCUUCUGAGCCAUUGUUCAAUGAACACUUGUUGAUCACAAUUUUCCAAAGUGUGUUAUUAUUUUUACAUUUUUUUUUCUUAAUAUCAGAUGUUUUGUUAUUGUAGCACUAAAAAGGUCAACGCUCUCGCGUUGUAAGUUAAAUAUUAUAACAGUAAUGAUCAAUUAUAAAAUAAAGCCUAUGUAGUUUUGCAUUU